AUGAUCCAAAUGGAUACCUCGAUGGAUGAUUUGUUCUCUGAUUUGGAGAAAUCUGCUCAUCCAACAAAUCAGGAAUCAGAUGACACCAAGCUCAAAGUGGAUGCGUUCACAGUUACAGAGAGUGUGCUGAACGAGCGUCUCUAUGUGACCAUUUGGCGCAGCGAACAAUACGAAAAUGCGAUAGUUUACGAGGUGAAGUUAAGUGGUGAAAUGGACAGUGAACCUCCCACCGUCGAACUACUCGUAGCGGAUCAUCAAUCUUACACACAAUCUCCAGUUAAAUGGCCAAUAGUUCGUCCAUGCGUCUUAUCCGAUUCACCAAACCGUUCUUCGUUGUCCCGUUCAACUGCUAUCCAUUUUUUCAACGUAUCUACUCGCCUCAUGCGUGCUAUUGGGCGUGUGCCUGCCAAUAGUGUCACUCCAAAGUGUGUUUGGCUUCUAGGUUUGGCAAAUGGAUGGCUGUACGCAUUCUCUCGCACCGUGACUCCUGUCUCCAAUUUGGUCACUAUGCAUUAUGCUCCUCUUUGUGCGUUCCCAACUCCCGAACCGGUCACACACUGGAACUUGUUGGAGGAUCCCAUUGUGAGUAAUACGCAGACAGUGAGUGAUGGCUAUCAACCGGUCAAUCAUGUGCUGUUUGCAUUCCACGCACUUGGCAGUGGCUUGGCUCUGUGGCUUCCAAAUAAUCCGGAACAGGAUCUCGAGGCUGACUUGUUGCGAUACACGCAAUUCAUUCUCCCCGUGGCCCCAUCCCCAAUUCGUCACACACAAGUACAUGGGUCAUGGAUUCACAUGAUCACCGAUUCCGGUCACCUGUUAUCCUUGCAUUGCUCGGUGACCGCAUCCGAUGACCUACCCCGGAUCGUGGACAUUGUCUGUCAACCAGCCAACUUUCCUCGUUUGCCGUCUGUGUUCCGAUCACUGACCGCAUCAUCUGAACUGGCCCAGCCCACCUGGCGAUAUUUCGCUCUGGUCGAGUUUGUUCGCCUUGCAGUGUUCUUCAUUCAUGUAUUCCUUCAGAAAGCUCAACACCCGCCGCCCGAUUUUCUUCCGGAAGCUGCCCAGGCAGACAACUCUUUGUCGAUUGCUCCCACCACAGAUCAAGCCUGCUUGCUAUUGCGCUCCUCCGAGAACAACCCGUUGUGCAUGUUCGGUCGCGCUCCGCUCGAUAUCGCGCUACACAUCUGCCCAGUUUACGAUUUGGACACGGAGGACACAGUGGCACAUGUGGAUGGUCCUACACAAUGGAGUCUCGUGGAGCCCUGGUUUACCGAAUCCCCGCCGGAACCAUACCUUCCUAGCAAACCUUCAACAAACAACCGAACAUCUGGUAUAUCGUUGAGGCGUUUGACGAUCCCCGUCACUCAGCUGAUUGAACUGUAUACACGUGUGAGUGACAAUCGUGUUCCUACCGGUAAUUUGAUCGGACUACGAGUUUGUGCAAACCUGAUCGUACGAGCCCCGAGUAUACCCUCACCGAUCAUCAACCUGUUUGACUGUUCUCUACGACCCUAUCGCAUGGUCGCCCCUUGCCUCCCGAUCACUCUGGGCUCAGUCCUGUUGGAUUCCGUUCAUUGGCUCUGUCCAAUCCAGAUCAACUGCCCGGCCCCAUUCUCACCCUUUGGAAACGCGCCGAGGUGGACUCGGGUGCCUAAACCGACUAUAUCGUUUCGCUUGGAAUCGUGCCAGCAAUUGCACCAUGUACUCCAGGAUCUUUUCAACUCGUUCACAGACCGUGAAGGACACCACAGCGGGUCAAUACCCACCACAGCUGUAUUGAAUGUGCCCGAAAGACGCGGAUCAGUUCGCCUUUCGUUUAUGCUGACCGGUCAACCUAUUCUGAUCGAAUGGUGGCAUCAUGAACCAGGAGAUUUGGACGAGAACGCAGUCGAAGGCACCGGAUCGGCCCAUAUUCGCAUGACCGCAUCAUGUGUUCGGACGUUAUGGUGUGUCGGGAAAUCAGUGGAGCGUAUUGUGCGUACUCGGGCUGUUUCAUCAUCCGUCUCGAGUGUGAGUGUCAGCUACUAA